AUGGCAACCCCGCAGGUGUUGUCGCGCAAGGCGAACGGUGUGUUGCCCGUGGCUGCGGCCCAAGCGACAACCGAUGCGCCGAAGGCUACAAAGUCGAAGGUGCCUGUUGAUGGGGAGAAAGUGGUGAUUCGAAGGCUGCCUCCUGGCAUGACCGAGGACGAAUGCAUUAAGUUACUAGGGGAGGACUGGAAAGUCGGCAAUGGCAAGGUGGACUGGUUCUCAUACCAGCCCGGAAAGAUCUCGCAAGACCCGUCUAAGCCUUCUCGUCCAGCACGCGCGUACCUACAUUUGAAGAAGAGAGAGGAAGCCUUACCUCUGAAUGAGAUGGUUAAGACUAUUAUAUGGGAGGACGCCAAGGACACAUACAACAGCCCAUCUCUGAUUGCACCCCCUGCAGUCGAGCUUGCCAUUUACAAGAAGGUGCCGAGCGGGAAACGACGCAAUGACGGGCGCCAGGGGACUAUUGACCAGGAUCAGGAGUUCAUGGAUUUCCUCGAGGGGCUUGCCAACCCGACCGUUGCAACCAAGGAGGGCGAGGGUGGUGAAGCAACCGAGGAAGAGGGCAAGUCUGCGGCCAAAGCGACUAGCACUCCUUUGAUCGAUUACUUGCGAGAGAAGAAAGCAAAUAAGGCCAAGGAUAGUUCCGGCUCCAAGAGUGGAAAGCAUGGUCGACAGGAGUCUCAGGGAGGCAAAGGAAAGGGCUCGGCGGCGGCUGGAGAUGACUCCAAAAAGAAGUCUAAGGAGUCAAAGUCUGAUAAACCGAAGGAGACGGUGAAGAUUCUCACGAAGAAGCAGGCGGCCGAAGCUGCAGCUGAAGCUGCGAAAGUUGUUGCUGGCCAACUUUCAGGAGCCUCGACGCAGGAAGCCCCGAAGAGUCGGAGGGCUGGUAUCGCUGCUGCUGCUAGGAUCUUGGAACGAGACCUGGGCCUAAGCCCUGGGACGGCCCAUAGGAGGGCUCGUCUCGAGGCAGCUAAGCAGGAUGCCGCAAAGAAGACUGAAGGAGAUAACAAAGCAUCCGCCUCUGGUGAGACUCCAACCCCAGCAACAACCUCAGCGACCUCGGGCACCUCCACUGUGCCUUCGUCGGCGCCGACAGCACCGAAAUCGCAAGCCCAAGAGUCCUCGAAGUCUUCGAGAGGAGCAAAGGGGAAGAAGCAGGGGGCAUCAGCAGAAUCUGCAAAGUCCAAAGGCGACAAGUCAUCCGAGACUUCUGCUGCAAGCAAGACUCCAGUGAUCCUCUUGAAGAAGAAAGACGAGGCCGGCGAAAAGGCAGGCCAAAAAGGAACGGGGACUGCCGCAUCUGCAUCAAAUACAUCACAAGCACCGCCAACUGGGCCCAAGGCUACGACAAACAAGAAUGCCCAGGCGAGCGGUUCGCAGAAGAAAGGUGGCCAGUCUCAGGCGCCUACCCCAGGCGCAACACGUGCGUUCGUUAAGCACGCGAACCCAUCUCAAGGUGUAACUGAAGCGUUGUUGAAGGAGGCUAUGCAGGCUUUCGGGACUAUCACCUUCGUCGAGAUUGAUCGCCGCAAGGGUUUUGCAUAUGUAGACUUUUCCGAGCACGACGGGUUGGUCAAGGCUAUUUCUGCAAGCCCAAUCUCUGUGGCAGAUGCUACUGUUCAAGUUCUGGAGCGAAAGGAGACGGGAACCAAGAAGGGUGCUGCUGCCCAGUCUGCUUCUUCAAAUGGCACUGCUACUACAUCAGGGUCCGCCGCGCCGACAGUAUCAGCUGAGAAAGGCGCGCCGAGCACUACCAAGCACUUCCGAAACCGUUACGGCAAUGACCAGCUUACACUGGUUAUCGCGCCAGGAAAGGGAUUAGGGCUACCGGAAGAUGUUAUGGGCAAAGAUCUUUGA